AUGGGCGACGAUCUGAAAUCUUCUCCGAUUUGUGGCUUUUUUCGACGAUUUUCAGUGGCCCAUAGUUUGCACGGUAGCGGCGGUGGUACGACUUGGAGAUGGCGACGCUAUGAACCUCGCACCUCAACUCCGGCAUCUUCGCAGCCUCCGCUCAACAACCGCCGUCCAGAACUUCCACACAGAACUUCGCAGCCUCCGCAAUCGCACGCAGAACUGCAGAAGGCUCCAGCCUCCGCCCCUGUCUGCAGUGACUUCUCUGUUCUCUCCUCCCCCGGAUCAGUCAAAGCUCGGAGUCGACUAAAUUGUGCCCACCCUGAACCAAUUUCCUGGCUCCGCCCCUGGACGCAAUCGCCUGCAGCUUUCCAUUGCCCAAUGGGGCCUAAAUCUAGGAAUCCCUCUAAACAUCAAGAAAACCUAACCAAAAGACGAAACAUCUCAAAUGACGCCGUUUCUUCACAGCAUGCCUCUUCUCUCCAGCUUGAAGAUGAUGUUCCUGACUUUCCCCGAGGUGGGGGAAGUUCAUUGAGUAGAGGAGAGCUCGAUGAAGUAAGAGCAGAGGUGGACAUGGAGUUUGAGGCAGAACAUAGAUUGUUGAAGAAGAGGAAGAAGGAAAGUAGAGUGCAGAACAAAAAUCAAUCCUCAGAGGACGAUUUUGGUUCACUUUUUGGAGAUGGAAUCUCAGGAAAAUUGCCUAGGUUUGCCAACAAGAUUACAUUAAAGAAUGUUACGGUCGGAAUGAAACUUUGGGGAGUGAUUGCUGAAGUGAAUGAGAAAGAUAUUGUAGUUAGUCUUCCAGGGGGCUUACGUGGAUUAGUUCGCGCUUCUGAAGCGUUCGACCCGGUUUUUGGUAAUGAGGCAAAAGAGGAUGUAGAAAAUAACUUUCUUUCUAGCAUAUAUCACGUUGGGCAGCUCGUUUCUUGUAUAGUUGUGCGAUUAGAUGAUGAUAAAAAAGAAGUAGCAAAACGGAAGAUUUGGCUUUCUCUGCGUCUUUCUUUGUUACAGAAGAGAUUGACAUUGGAUGUUAUUCAAGAAGGAAUGGUUCUCAGUGCGUAUGUGAAAAGCAUUGAAGACCAUGGUUUUAUACUCCAUUUUGGAUUGCCAAAUUUUGCUGGGUUUAUGCAAAAACACAACCAAACAGGAGGCAGCGACAUUAAGACAAGAGUGGGACAGCUUUUACAAGGAGUUGUUAAAAGUGUUGACAAGACUCGCAAAGUAGUCCAUUUGAGUUCGGACCCUGAUUUGAUUUCAAAAAGUGUGACCAAGGAUCUCAAGGGUAUUUCAAUUGAUCUUCUAGUUCCGGGCAUGAUGGUUAAUGCUCGUGUGAGAUCAACCCUUGAAAAUGGCAUUAUGUUAUCUUUCCUUAUGUACUUCACUGGAACUGUUGACAUUUUUAAUUUAGGUAAUACUUUCCCUACGUCGAACUGGAACAAUGUUUAUGCUGAAAAUAAGAAGGUCAAUGCUCGGAUAUUAUUUAUUGAUCCCUCAACCAGAGCUGUUGGGUUAACGCUGAAUCCUCACCUCGUUGGUAACGAGGCUCCAUCCUCUCUUGUUAAAGUGGGAGAUAUUUUUGAUCAAUCAAAAGUAAUCAGGGUUGAUAAGGGGUCCGGCCUUCUACUGGAACUUCCUACACUACCAGUUUCGACCCCAGCUUAUGUCAAUGUGACUGACGUUUCUGACAAGGAUCUCCGAAAACUGGAGAAGCGUUUUAAGGAAGGUAACCUUGUUCGUGUCAGGGUACUUGGAUUUAGGCAUUUGGAAGGGCUUGCAACUGGUACUUUAAAGGCUAGUGCCUUUGAAGGUUCAGUUUUCACUCACUCAGAUGUGAAGCCCGGAAUGGUGGUAAAAGCUAAAGUAGUUGCAGUCGAUAUAUUUGGUGCGAUUGUGCAAUUUGCUAGUGGUGUGAAAGCACUAUGUCCUCUUCGACAUAUGUCAGAGUUUGAAAUAGCAAAGCCUAGGAAGAAGUUUCAGGUUGGAGUUGAGUUUGUUUUUCGUGUUCUUGGCUGCAAAUCCAAACGGAUCACUGUUACACACAAGAAAACGCUUGUGAAGUCAAAACUUGAGAUUCUUAGUUCUUAUGCUGAUGCAACUGAGGGAUUAGUCACACACGGAUGGAUAACAAAGAUUGAGAAUCAUGGGUGCUUUGUCCGGUUUUUCAAUGGGGUACAAGGAUUUGCCCCUAGAUCUGAACUUGGAUUGGAUCCAGGGAGUGUAAUAAGUUCGAUUUAUCAUGUUGAACAAGUUGUCAAGUGUAGAGUCAUGAGUUGUAUUCCUGCUCUGCGUCGAAUCAACCUCAGCUUCAACAUGACCUUGUCUUCAAGGGUAGCUGGGGAUAACAUUGUCAAACCCGGAAGCCUUGUCACUGGAGUUGUUGAUCAAAUUACCCCUCAUGCAGUUGUAGUGAAUGUUUGUGGUCCUAGUCCUCUGAAGGGCACAAUCUCUCGUGAACACUUGGCUGAUCAUCAUGGCCUCACUGCUCUGAUGUAUUCUCUCUUGAAGCCAGGAUAUCAGUUUGAUCAACUCUUAGUUCUUGAUAUUGAAGGAAACAACCUCGUACUCAGUGCCAAGUUGUCGCUUGUUAACUCAGCCCAACAGCUUCCUGUUGAUGUUGGUCAAAUUCAUCCUCACUCAGUCGUGCACGGUUAUGUGUGCAAUAUAAUUGAAACUGGUUGCUUUGUACGCUUUAUUGGGCGUUUGACUGGUUUUGCUCCCAAAAGCAAGGUUACUGAUGAACGGAAAUCUGAUCUUUGUGAGAUGUUCUACGUUGGACAGUCUGUUCGUAGUAACAUAAUUGAUGUGAAUAGUGAAACGGGUAGAAUAACUUUGUCAUUGAAGCAGUCACUCUGCUGUUCGAUUGAUGCAUCUUUUAUCCAAGAGUACUUUCUUUUGGAAGACAAGAUUGCUAAGCUGCACUCAUUGGAUUCGAAGGAUUCUGGGUUGAGAUGGGUCGAUGGAUUCGACAUUGGCAAUGUUAUUGAGGGAAAGGUUCAUGACACUAAAGAUUUUGGUGUUGUUAUAAGUUUUGAGAUGUAUAUUGACGUGUUUGGCUUCAUAUCACAUUAUCAAUUAGCUGGAAACACCCUGGAAAGGGGCUCCAUUAUCCGAGCUUCAGUUCUUGAUGUUUCCAAGAUUGAGCGCCUUGUGGAUUUAUCUUUAAAGCUAGAGUUUGUUGAUAAAUCAAAAGGAGAGAGAUCUACUGUGCUUACUCACAAAAAGAAACGCAAAAGAGAAGGACGCGAAGACUUGGAAGUGAAUCAAACCAUAAAUGCAUUAGUCGAGAUUGUGAAAGAAAAUUACUUGGUUCUUUCAAUUCCGUCAUAUAAUUUUACUGUAGGCUAUGCAUCGCUGACUGAUUACAAUACUCAAAACUACUCUCAGAAGCAGUUCACUGUUGGACAAAGUGUUGUUGCCACCAUAAUGGCUCUUCCAGCUCCUUCAACCCAUGGAAGAUUGCUGCUGCUUCUCAAAUCUGUUAGUGAUGGUGUGGAGACAUCCAGUUCCAAGAGAGCAAAGAAGAAAUCUAGCUAUGACAUUGGAUCUAUGGUGCAGGUGGAGAUCAUUGAAAUAAAGCCUCUUGAACUGAGAGUGAAAUUUGGUUCCGGAUUUCACGGGAGGAUACAUGUAACAGAGGCGACUGAUGAUAAUUCUACUGAGAAUCCGUUUAGUAACUGCAGAAUUGGUCAAACACUAACAGCAAGGGUUGUCUCAAAGGGUAAUAAUUUGGAAAAUAACAAAGGAAGACAUCAAUGGGAGUUAUCUAUUAAGCCUUCCUUGCUUAAAGGGCCUAAUGUCAUGGAUGGUGGGUUGCUGACCAAAGAUUUUACUUAUUUGUAUGGCCAACGUGUGUCCGGUUUUGUGUACAAGGUUGAUCGUGAUUGGGCCUGGCUAACUAUCUCUCUAGAUGUGAAGGCUCAGUUGUAUAUUCUUGAUAGCACAUAUGAGCCUGCUGAACUUGCAGAAUUCCAGAAAUGGUGUUAUGUGGGCAAAGCUCUUUCAGGUUAUAUUCUGAGUGCAAAUAAGGAGAAGAAGCUGUUGCGUCUGGUUGUGAAGCCAUUGGCUGUUGGUCCAAUGGAAGUCAGAGAAAAUGGUUCGAGUAGUCUCCUAGCAUGCCACAUAUGUGAAGGCAGUGCCAUUGGUGGUAGAAUUUCCAAAAUUCUUCCUGGUGUUGGUGGAUUGCUUGUUCAAAUCGAUCGGCACCUCUAUGGUAAGGUUCAUUUUACUGACCUGGCGGACUCAUGGAUCUCCAACCCACUUUCUGGUUAUCACGAAGGACAGUUUGUGAAAUGCAAAGUCCUGGAAGUUAAUUGUUCUGUCGAGGGCAAAGUCCAUGUUGAUUUAUCAUUGCGGUCAACUUCAGAUGAUUCUCUUGGCCAAGGAUUCACUGAACUCAGUAGUGGCAUCCCUUCUUCUGGCCAACGUGUGGACAAGAUAGAAGAUCUUCAUCCUGACAUGUUUGUACAGGGUUACGUUAAGAAUGUUACUCCAAAAGGAUGUUUCAUUAUGCUUUCACGCAAUGUGGACGCAAAGAUCCUCAUCUCCAACUUGUCAGAUGGCUAUGUAAAAAAUUUAGAAAAUGAAUUUCCUAUUGGGAAACUCGUUAUUGGCAAGGUGCUAUCUGUGGAUCCACUGUCUAAGAGAGUUGAAGUGACUCUCAAGACACUGAGUGCAACCAGUGCACCAAAAUCUGACAAAAAUCCUUUAGAUAGUGUUACUGUUGGGAAUAUUAUUUCUGGGAGAAUCAGACGAGUGGAAUCUUAUGGCUUGUUUAUUGCCAUUGAUCACACGAACCUGGUUGGAUUGUGCCACGUGUCGGAACUUUCUGAUGAUCAUGCAGACCUUAUUGAGACAAAGUAUAAAGCAGGGGACGAAGUGGCAGUAAAAGUUUUGAAGGUGGAUAAAGAGAGAAACCGAAUAUCUCUUGGGAUGAAGAGUUCAUAUUUUGAAGAUGACAAAGCUGUGCUAAUAUCUUCUAGAGAAAGCCAUGAUAAUGAAAAAAAUGAUUCUCUUGUAGUCACUGAGUCUACAGUGUUGCCACAGAAUGAAUUUGAAAAUGGGCUGCAUCCCGUACUGGCUGAUGUUGAAGCUAGAGCCUUCAUUCAACCACUUGAGGUUCCUCUUGAUGAUAUUGAAAGCUUUGAUAUUGAGGAUGAUGCUAGUCAAAGUAUGGCCAAUGCUGCUAAUUCAGAUACCAUUGGUGAGAAAAACAAGAAGGCAAACAAGAAAGCUAGGGAAGAGAGGGAACGGGAAAUAAGGGCUGCCGAGGAAAGACUGCUGGAAAAAGACAUCCCAAGGAAUGCUGAUGAAUUUGAGAAACUUAUUAGAAGUUCCCCAAAUAGCAGCUUUAUUUGGAUAAAAUACAUGGCACAUAUGCUAUCUUUGGCAGAUGUUGAGAAGGCACGAUCCAUUGCUGAGAGGGCUUUGAGAACAAUAAAUAUACGAGAAGAAUCAGAGAAACUGAAUAUCUGGGUUGCUUAUUUCAAUUUAGAAAAUGAGUAUGGCAUUCCUCCCCAGGAGGCUGUAAUGAAGAUAUUUCAAAGAGCAUUGCAGUAUUGUGAUCCCAAAAGAGUGCAUCUUGCACUUUUGGGAAUGUAUGAUCGUACAGAGCAACAUAAAUUGGCUGAUGAGCUCCUAGACAAAAUGGUGCGGAAAUUUAAGCACUCGUGCAAGGUCUGGCUUAGGCGGAUUCUGUGGCUUUUGAAACAAAAUCAUGAUGGGGUUCAGUCUGUCGUAAAUCGCUCUCUUCUAAGCCUUCCUCGACACAAGCAUAUUAAAUUUAUUUCACAGACCGCUAUUCUUGAGUUCAAGUGUGGAGUUCCUGAUAGGGGACGGUCCAUGUUUGAGGGAAUGCUGAGGGAGUAUCCAAAGAGGACUGAUUUGUGGAGCAUUUAUCUUGAUCAAGAGAUCCGAGUGGGUGAUGCUGACGUCAUUCGUGCAUUAUUUGAGAGAGCAAUUAGUUUGAGUCUUCCACCCAAGAAGAUGAAGUUCUUAUUUAAGAAGUAUCUCGAGUAUGAAAAGUCCAUGGGUGAUGAAGAACGAGUUGAAUCUGUAAAGAGGAAAGCAAUUGAAUACGUCAAUAGUACCAUUUCUUGA